AUGUCUUAUAAUUCAAAAAGACAACAACAAAUAAAUACGAUGUCUAGAAAAAGAGGUCGCUUUGCAUCUCAAGAGAAAGAACGUGAAGCCACCAAUGUGCAAGUUGAGGAGGGUGAUAUCACUGAGCCCACAUUAGAGGAGGAUAAAAUCAAAAAGCCGCAAGAUGCAAAAGAAAAGAAUGUACUAUUCGAUGCUACAACAUCGAAUAAUACAUUACUUGAUGCUUCAGUUGAAGCAUCAAGUAAUAUAUUACUUGAUGCCUCAACUGAAACAUCAAGUAAUACAUUACUUGAUGUCUCAACUGAAAUAUUAAGUAAUAUAUUACUUGAUGCUUCAACUGAAGCAUCAAAGAGCUGA